UGUGCUGUUUGUUUCAGAGUAUUCCAAAAUUAACUUUUCCCGGUGGUUGUUUAGUGGGCUGCAGUCCUGGCUUUAUGAAUGUUACAAAAAUUAAAGGAACACACAAUGCAAUGAAGAGUGCAAUGCUAGCUGCAGAGAGUGUCAUUGAAACUAUGUACGAAGGAGGGUCUACACCAACCCAGGGUCUUAAUCCCAAGAUUUAUGAAGAAAAAAUUCGCCAGAGCUGGGUUUGGGAAGAAUUAACAUCUGUCCGAAACAUUCGCCCAUCUUCCCAUACUCCACUUGGAGUAUAUGGUACUUUGGCAUAUGGUGCUAUUUUCUACGUGCUGUUCCGAGGCAAAGAACCAUGGACACUUUCUCAUGGUGGAUCUGACCACGAGAAAUUAAAACCAGCUUCAGAAUGUAAACCAAUAGAAUACCCUAAACCUGAUGGAAUAAUAACAUUUGACCUAUUGUCCUCUGUUGCUCUCACUGGUACCAGUCACAUAGACCAGCCUGUGCACUUAACUCUCAAAGAUGAUUUGAUCCCAGUGAAAGAAAACCUGGCCGUUUUCGAUGGACCAGAACAAAGGUUUUGUCCAGCAGGUGUCUACGAGUACAUAGAAACUGAAGAUGGAAAAGAAACAAAAUUUCAGAUUAAUGCCCAGAACUGUAUCCACUGUAAGACCUGCGACAUUAAAGAUCCAAGUCAGAACAUUAAUUGGGUAACCCCUGAAGGAGGUGGAGGUCCAGCUUAUAAUGGAAUGUAGCUUUUUUUUAUUUCAAUAAAUGGUAAACACCACGACGUUCACAAAGAAGCUAAUCACAUAUUAAAAUCUAACAAUUAUUUGUGGUAAAUAACUACUUAUUGGGCAGAUUUCCUUAUUACUGCAAGUUGUGAUAUAAGUUAAUUUAUAUACAUUGAUUGUAAUUUAUCUUUAUGUAAUUCUCUGAUGUACAAGUUCCUGGUUAGCAGAAACUGAUGAAAGUAUUCAAACGUGUCAAUGAACAUUUUUAUAUGUUGCUUAUAUGUAUGUUAAACCAGUGUGGUUAAGGGUCUAUGUACAAAGAACUCUACGUUUUCUCAAAUUUUAAAUCCUAGAAGACCAGUUAAUAGAUGCAAGUUUUAUUUUUCUCAAAACUGUAAAUAUAGAAUUGUCACUUUUCUAGUCACCGAUAAUUCAAAUCAUCGGGUACUUUUGUUUUUUGUCCUUAUGUUUAAUUGACUGUGAUUCUAAGACAUACUCUCUCUCCUCCUAAAAUGAAUGCUUUUUUUAAACACUCAAAAGUUGUAUACCUACCAGACACCCAUUAAUAUUUGUAAUUUGAAACUUUACUAAAAGGAAUAUUAAUGGCCUCAUUGAUUUUAUAAAUGUUUAUUUUUGUAUCAAAAUAUUCUGUAUGACCUCUUAAUAAACAUGAUUUUCUGUUAAUA